ACAUCUAAAUAAUUGUUUGCUCCAAGAGAUUAUCAGACCUGUGCAAAGAUGAAACAACAUAUUAUCAAGUGAAUUUAUAAGACUAAAGGUCAUUUGACCAAAUCAGAGAAAAUCUGUCAGUUGGUCUUCUCUUUUUAAUAGUUACAGAGUAUAGAAAGAAGAAGCCUGAAGUGUGAAAGUCACAAAAAACAUCAAAAAAGAAGGGAAAGGAUUCUUGCUGGUGAAAAAAACAUAUAAAAUGUGUGCGGUACGGAACGGCAGCAGUCUAAGCAGCUCCAGGACAACUUCCAAUUUAUUUGUCUGUUAGGCAGAAGCAAGAAAAGUGAAAUCUAUUGUGUGUCACUUGUUCUGAGGAAGAACUAAUGUGGGUGCUGGGUGGGGAAGAAAGUGAAAACUUGUGGAUUUUUUCUGUUUGUCGUUAUUGGAAAUGUUUUUCAAGCAGAAUGAGCCUCUAGCACUGAUUAGAAAUCAUCCCACGAGCAGUCACGUUUCCCUGAGAUGUAUGGUUGUUGCCCAGACUUGUGUGGAAUUACCUGGAUUCUUUAUUGUUCGAACCGACUAGCAAGCAAAGACUUGUGGUAGAUCCCAUAAUGUGUUAGUCUUAGUAGAAUAUACUGUUUUAAUGCCCUUUAGCCGAGUGGGAAACAGGUUGCUUACUUUUAAGAAACGUAUUUCCUCAUCCAUAUCUAUUGCUUUGAGCCAAGUGGCUCCAAUGCUUUCUUGAAUGGAUGUGAAAUGCCACGAUCUGCUGUAGUCUGGAGUGAAUCUGAUGAAUCAGCUUCAAAAUCAGUUUUUCUCUCAGGAUCCCUGCUGACAGACUCAUUGCGUGUCUAUCAUUUGUUUCUCACUUAUUUGUCUCUUUCAAAACAUGAACUAGAAAUGUGACAAUUCUAUAUUUCUGAACUUUCUCUGUGUCAUUAGAUAAAUCAAAUAUGCAACAAGUCCCACCCCCUGUAAAACCCCUGAAGUGUAUGUGUCAUCAUGUUUCAUCCUCACACACACAUCUGCAGGCUUGCUGCAGUGCUGUGUGAUUUGCGCAGGAAGUCUCAGCAGAGGAAAUCCGCGUUCAGUCCGUUUAGUUGGAGCCAUGGCGCGAUCAAAAGCAAAGGUGUAUGUCUGCCUCUCGCUGAUUCUGAUCGGCGUUAUUGCUGCCAUUGUGUGUAUAGUUUUGUUUGUGAAGCGUGAGGAUCCAGAAUCAACAAAGUGUCCUAAUGGAACUUUCUCUAAAGCGGCAGUGGCCACAGACUCAAAGAUAUGCUCGGAAAUAGGAAAUGACAUUCUGACAAAAGGGGGCUCUGCGGUAGAUGCCGCUAUUGCUGCUCUGCUGUGCACCUUUUUGGUGAAUCCACACAGUGCGGGGAUCGGAGGGGGAUCCAUCUUCACAGUGAUGGACAGCUCUGGUGGUGUCAAAAUUAUCAACUCUAGAGAGGAACCGCCUAAAAAAGUGAAAUCUAACUUACUGGAAUCCUGUCCCGAGAAGAGCCCGACAGAUUUAAAAUGGAUCGGAGUUCCAGGAGAAAUUCGUGGAUAUGAAAUGGCUCACCAACUGUAUGGAAAGUUGCCCUGGGCUGAUCUCUUUCAGCCCACCAUCAAACUGGCAAGACAGGGAGUUCCCGUCUCUGACAUCCUACAUUCACACAUUAAGAACAUCCCAAAUUCAAAAGAGACCCAGUUUUUACGACAAUUAUUCACAGAUGACAACAAUAACUUGCUUCAAACUGGAGAUAUUGUUAAGUUUGAGAAACUGGCUGACACUUUGGAGAUGAUUGCAAAGCAAGGAGCAGAUGUCUUUUAUAAUGGAAAAAUAGCUGAAGAUUUAGUCCAGGAUGUGAAGGCUGCAGGAGGAACACUCGAUCUGGAGGACCUGGCAUCAUACAACGCUACUUUGACUGACGCCUGGAAUGUGUCUAUGGGGGAGUAUCAGAUGUACUUCCCCCCUCCGCCUGCAGGAGGAAGCCUCCUCACCCUCAUCCUCAACAUCAUGAAAGGAUAUCAGUUAAAUCCCGACACUCUGACUGGAAAAGAAAAGACGCUGUUUUAUCAUCGUUACAUUGAAUCCUUUAAAUUUGCAAAUGGACUCAGGAAAUACAUUCAAGAUCCAAGGUUCACCUCAGAAAAGAGGGCAAAUCAAUUUACAGAGGAGGGCUUUGCCAACUACGUACGAAACUUGAUCACCGACAACAGGACACAUGACCUCCAGUACUACAACGUUACUCCACAUCUGGACAGCAUUGGUACCACGCAUGUGUCGGUGCUGCAUGAAGACGGAUCUGCUGUUGCUCUCACCAGCUCUGUAAACACAAUUUUUGGAUCUAUGGUUAUGUCUCCAAGAACGGGCAUCAUCCUCAAUAACCAGCUGAAAGACUUUUGUGGGGGAGCAGACAGUGUCUUACCUGGCAAGCGGCCCCCGUCUUCUAUGUCUCCCACUGUGAUGAAGUCUAAAUCAAAGAUGCUUGUGAUUGGAGGAUCUGGCGGGAAUAUGAUCACAACUGGAGUGUCAUCGGUUCUCAUCCACCAUCUAUGGCUAGGAAAAAGUCUUGAGGACGCCAUUAAGAAUUCCAUUGUUUUUGUGGACUCUAAUAAUGAAUUAGAGUUUGAGCCAGCUUUUGAUAAGGAUGUGAUGGAGGCUCUUAAAGCUCUGGGACACAAACAAGCAUCAACAGAUAUAUUAAUCCACUCAGUUAAUGCUAUAGAGAAAAAGGACGGCUGCAUCUUUGCUGUGUCUGAUCCCAGAAAAAAGGGAGGACCAGAUGGUUACUGAGUUCAAAUCAUAAUGUAAAGAAUUCUGUCUCUCACAGUCGUUUUAGUUCUUCUUUAAGAAUCUCUUACAUUUUACACUUGUUAGCUGUGUUGAAGUGAACUUUUGUUAUUGACAUAAUGUGUAUUUCUUGCACUCUCACAAUUUUUUAUGAUGAAUAUUUUAAACCUCAUCUAUUUGCACUACCUACCACUAGAUUUGCUCCAUUGAGAUGAUCAUAAGUGACAGAGAAAGUCUUUUAUUUUAAAAAAAGGUCUUGUGA